UGACAGUACGCUGCGGGCGCCGAGUCAGCUGAUCUUGGAGUUGCGCUGCUUGCCUGCGGGUCGGGCUUCUCCGGUCCCUCCGCAGCCAUGUCGUACUUCCCGGAGCUAUACUUCAAUGUGGACAAUGGCUACUUGGAGGGACUGGUGCGCGGCCUGAAGGCCGGGGUGCUCAGCCAGGCGGACUACCUCAACCUGGUGCAGUGCGAGACGCUCGAGGACCUGAAGCUGCACCUGCAGAGCACUGACUACGGCAACUUCCUGGCCAACGAGGCAUCACCACUGACAGUGUCCGUCAUUGAUGACCGGCUCAAGGAGAAGAUGGUGGUGGAGUUCCGCCACAUGAGGAACCACGCCUAUGAGCCGCUCGCCAGCUUCCUGGAUUUCAUUACUUACAGCUACAUGAUUGACAACGUGAUCCUGCUCAUCACGGGCACGCUGCACCAGCGCUCUAUCGCCGAGCUGGUGCCCAAAUGCCACCCACUAGGCAGCUUUGAGCAGAUGGAGGCCGUGAACAUUGCGCAGACACCUGCCGAGCUCUACAAUGCCAUCCUGGUGGACACGCCCCUGGCGGCUUUUUUCCAGGACUGCAUCUCAGAGCAGGACCUCGAUGAGAUGAACAUCGAGAUCAUCCGCAACACGCUCUACAAGGCCUACCUGGAGUCCUUCUACAAGUUCUGCACCCUGCUGGGCGGGACCACGGCCGAUGCCAUGUGCCCCAUCCUGGAGUUUGAAGCAGACCGCCGCGCCUUCAUUAUCACCAUCAAUUCCUUCGGCACAGAGCUGUCCAAGGAGGACCGUGCCAAGCUCUUUCCGCACUGUGGGCGGCUCUACCCGGAGGGCCUGGCACAGUUAGCUCGGGCUGAUGACUACGAGCAGGUUAAGAACGUGGCCGACUACUACCCGGAGUACAAGCUGCUUUUUGAGGGUGCAGGCAGCAACCCUGGAGACAAGACCCUGGAGGACCGCUUCUUUGAGCAUGAGGUGAAACUGAACAAGCUGGCCUUCCUCAAC